AUGCGUAACACCAAGUGGCCCGAAGAGUUCAGCAAGAAAGUUAACAUCUCAAAGGUCAACCUGCCGGUGAUUAAGAAGUGGGUGUCGGACGAGAUCACGAGGAUUCUCAAUAGCGACGACGACGUGGUGACCGAAAUGAUGUUCACCUUUCUCGAGUCGGGCAAGUUUCCCAACAUCAAACAGAUACAGACUGACAUCUCUGGUUUCCUCGACAAAGAUGCUGCGCCCUUUUGUCGCCAAUUAUGGAAGCUGCUGCUCAGUGCACAGUCCGAUCCAAAGGGCAUCCCGCAAGAGUUGCUCGAGGCGAAGAAGUUUGAGCUCAUUCAAGAAAGAGUACGAGCAGACCGAGCAGACAAGAGAGCAGAGAACAGGGAAAAGCUGACAUGUGAUGCAGCUAGCCGAAGACAAGGCACGCGAAGAAGCCAGACAGCGAGAGAUUGA